UGAUUGUGAGGCGAUCGGUAUUUCCUAUCAUCCUAGUUGAGUAUUUCUCUCUCAGUAUCUGCUACGAUCGAAUUAAUUUGUCAGCAACAGAUCAGCAACGAUGUUUUAUUGCCGCUUAAUGCCAGUGAUAUUAGUUAUAUCGACGAUAUCGUUGUUCCAAAAUUCGCUUCAAUCUUCAUCGAAACAAUAUCAAAUUCCUAAUUUGAGGGGCAACUGGUUCAAAGCGUUCGAGUUCUGCAGAUCGAUCGGGAUGCAACUCGUCACAAUUCGAUCCCGAGCCGAGAAUGACGCCGUGGCUAAGUACAUACAAAGCACAGAUAAGUACAAUGACGUAUCUAGUUCAUUCUGGCUAGGAGGAAGUGAUCUGGCCGAAGAGGGAACUUUCUCGUGGAUGCCAACGGGCCAGCUGGUAACGUUCUCCAACUGGUCGCCGGGGGAACCAAAUAACGCGUUCCAGACGGAACAUUGCAUACAGCUGGUCUACAUUCCACGCUUUGAGCAAAGGUGGACAUGGAACGAUAACAACUGUACAACGUCAUACAUGUACUUCAUUUGUGAGACCGCCUCGCAAGAUUGUAUAAAGGAGUUUUAAACUAAUGUUUUUUCUCUGGAAAGACCCUGAAAAUACCAGCGGUAACGAUUAAUAAUCACAUAGUGGGAUUAUUUGAGCGAUCGAAAAAUAAACAAGGAGCAUGUAGUUGAUCAACUAUCUAAUUUGUUUACUAGAUCAAGCUGAGAUUAUGAACAUGCCUCUCAAUACUCUCCGUUCGGUUCAUCAUAAACUAGUAUGCAGAAAAACACAGGAAUUCGAAUAAAUCGUCACAUGAAAUCUUUACCAUUUACUGGCCAGCAAAUACUAGUGUGAAUUAUACAAAAGAUAUUUUGCCAAAUUUGGGAUUAUUAGGUACAAUAGUUAAUAAAGCAUUUAUUAGGACUUUAUCCUUAUUUUUAAGAGUACUUAAAACGAUUUGGAAUAACUUUUGAAAGGUACAAACAGUUUUGAAAUUUAUCACCAAAUAGCUGAGCUAAGUCACUGCAAAUUUGCAAUCGGUUGCCGGUUUGGGUCUUUCGAUUCGGAACGACAUUUUUUUCUCAAAUAUUAGUAACUUUAAAUAUCAGUAGACUUCUAAUAUUUGGCUGAAAUUUGUCACCCUUCAUCAAUAAACUAAACUAUGAUAAAGCCUCAACAAUAAACUUGAAAAAGUUAUCCAAUA